AUGGCUCAUCAUAAUCAUACUUCAAUUACUGAAUUUUUAAUUAUUGGUUUUCAAAGUUUUCAUCGACUAAGAAUUUUCCUAUUUGUACUUUUCCUUAUAAUUUACAUAAUAACAGUUUUUGGGAAUAUGUUCAUUAUUAUGUUGGUACCCACUCUCAACAACCUUCAGUCUCCAAUGUACUUUUUCCUGAGCAGCCUCUCAUUAUCUGAUGUGUUAGUAACAUCAAAUAUUGUACCUAACAUGCUGCAGUUACUAUGGACAGAUGAAAGCACUGUGUACAUAUCCGGUUGCAUUCUACAGUACUACAUUUUUGGAUCUCUCGCUGCAACUGAGUGUUUACUUUUAACAGUAAUGUCAUAUGAUCGUUAUUUGGCUAUAGCGAACCCGCUAAGGUAUUCUUCUAUCAUGAGUCAUCAGCUGUGUCUAUAUCUUAUAAUUUUUUCUUGGCUAAUUGGAUUCACUCCUACUCUACCAGUGGCUGUUUGCGUAUCCAAGUUGAAUUUCUGUGACGCUAAUGCUAUUGACCAUUUCUUCUGUGAUCUUGGACCCUUUUUAGAACUUUCUUGUUCAGAUACUUCAACGGCCAAAAUGUUAGCAUUUGUAUUUUCUUUUUUUGUUACUAUUUUUCCAUUUUUUUUCAUUGUUACAUCAUAUGUUUCCAUAAUAUACACGAUACUGAGGAUAAACUCAGCGAAAGGAAGAAAAAAGGCCUUCUCAACUUGUAGCUCUCACCUAACUGUAGUUUCUAUGUACUAUGGAUCCCUUAUUAUUCUGUAUGUAAUACCAUCAAAGAAAAACUCCUUCAAUAUUAACAAAUAUAUAUCACUUUUGUACACUGUUAUUACCCCUUUACUUAAUCCGAUUAUUUAUUCACUAAAAAAUAAAAUGAUAAGCAAUGCAGCUCAGAAAUUUUUUAAGGAUAUGUCUUAA